AUGCAACCAGCUCGUAAUGUCAUCACGCCAAACAUCGACUGGAAACCCAUCAAAACCUCGGUCACGAAUCUAGCGAAGGCCGAGAACCAGGGCAAGGCCCGUAUUUUCCGAGGCGUGCUCUUGGGCCUCAUGGUGGCAAUGCCCGUCAUCAGUUUCUGUUUGGGCUGCUGGCAGGUGAAAAGACUAAAAUGGAAAGUGGAGCUUAUUGAGCGGGCGGAGCACAUGCUAGCCGAGCCCCCCUUGGAGGAGCUCCCGGCGCUUCUUGAUCCUUCUGUGAUCAAGGACUUUGAGUUCCGGAGAUUCAAGGUCAGGGGCCAUUUCAGCUACGAACAAGAGAUGUUUUUGGGGCCCCGUCUCCGGAACGGCGAGGUGGGCUAUUUGGUGGUCACGCCUUUCAUCCGGGCCAGUGGGGGCAAGCCCAUAUUGAUCGAGCGCGGCUGGAUCCAGCAGGAUUUGGUCAUGCCCGAAAGACGCUCCCGGGGCUACUUGUCACACCUAGCGUUGCCUCAGGGCGAGAUCACCAUUGAGGGAAUGUUGCGGGUAAUGCCUACGAGGUCCGGUCUCCAGUAUGAACAUGAGCCUGGCUCGAGGCUAUUCCACGUGCCCGAUGUGAGCGCCAUGGCCGAGCAAAGCGGCACGUUGCCCAUCUACGCGCAAAUGAUGUACAACCUCCGAGACCAGCCUGACUGGGUCGGGCCCGACUCUGCCGAGACGCCCCAAUCCGGAUGGUCUCUAUUCACGAAGAAAGCAGCGUCCCCCAAGGCCGGCCACUUGCCGGGCUCCGACCCCGACUCAACGCUCGAAUGGCAAGAGUUCGAGUUCUACAACGAGGGCGUGCCGAUCGCCGCCGUGCCGAACGUGACCUUCACCAACAACCACUUGCAGUAUUUGGUGACGUGGUUCGGCGUGUCGGUCGCCAGCACGGUGUUAUUGGUCUACAUCUUCAUGAAGAAAAAAGGCUUGAAGGGCGCGGACAAGAUCAUCCAGGCCAAGAAGGACGACAUGAAGAAGCGUCUCUAG